AUGACGGGACAUUCAGUGACGGGACAUUCAUGGAUUCCUGAGCUCAGGCAUUAUGCUCCUGGUGUUCCUAUUGUCCUCGGAGAGGAACUGAAGAAACUGAUUGGAUCUGCGGUCUACAUUGAAUGUAGUUCAAAGACACAGCAGAAUGUGAAGGCAGUGUUUGAUGCGGCCAUAAAAGUUGUGCUUCAGCCUCCAAAAAAGAAGAAGAAAAAGAACAAGAACCGAUGCGUGUUCUUGUGA